CAGAAAAACAGAAGCAAAGAAAAACAACGUUGUCUCAUCUCAACUGUGAAUAAUGAAGAUAAGGAUUUAAAGCCUCUCCAUUCAUUUCUCUCCCUCUCUAUCAUCAUUACCCAUUUCCACUUUCACCAAAAAGAUUUCAGUUUUACACUCAAAACUUCAAACACCAAACUUCAUCUUCAUUGUUCUUCCCUUUUUGUGUAUACCCUUUUGAAGCUUCCGAGGUGACACGAGAUGAACUGAUCCUGAAAAAUAGCUAAGUUUUAUAAUUCAAUUCAACAUGAAUCCCAUAAUAUCAUGCUCUGUUGGCAAUGCUUCGAUUAUUCCCGGAGUUGCGUAUUCGACAAGGAAGAAUAACUCGUUAACUAGACUCAGUUUUUCAAGGAGUUCUUUAAAACAAGGAUUGUCAACUAGAAGAUUUCUCUUUCCUUCAUUUGUCGUCAAUGGAGUGUUUCCGCAGAACAAACGGAUAUGCUCUUAUCGUAGGAAAUCUAGAACCUCAAUAUCAGCCACAGAAACAGAAGCACCCGUGGAGGUAACAGGUUCACCUAUUGCAGAUGAAGUUUCUAGCGAAUCUCCUUCAGUUGAAGUUGCAAAAACUGUAGCUUCAUCUCCUAAGUCCAAUGGGAACACUAGUUCUGCAAACGUAAAAGGUUCAAGACCGAGGAGGAAAAGCGAGAUGCCUCCGGUAAAGGAAGAGGAUUUGAUUCCAGGUGCAGCUUUUACGGGGAAAGUAAUAUCUAUCCAGACGUUCGGUGCAUUUGUUGAUUUCGGAGCUUUCACAGACGGACUUGUUCAUAUUUCUAUGAUGAGUGAUACUUAUGUAAAGGAUGUUGCCAGUGUUGUUUCUGUUGGACAAGAAGUGAAGGUGAAGGUGAUUGAAGUGAACACUGAAACUAAGCGUAUAUCUCUCUCUAUGCGUGAGAAUGCUAACGCUGGCAAACGUAACGAUGCACCGAACACUACGGAGAGAAUCGGCCCUGGUAGGAGGGACCCUUCAAAAUCUGGUAUGAAGAGAAACACAAAAUUUACCGUAGGUCAGGAAUUGAACGGUACGGUGAAGAAUAUGACAAGGAGUGGUUCUUUUGUAUCUCUUCCGGAAGGUGAGGAGGGAUUUCUCCCGAUAGGUGAGGAGAGUGACAUUGGAUUUGCGAAUGUAAUGGGAAAAUCUUCGUUGAAGGCUGGUCAAGAAGUUAGCGUACGGGUUUUGAGUAUCACAAGAGGACAAGCGACGUUGACUAUGAAGAAGGAAGGAGCUGUUACGGAAUCGGACAAUCCAUUUGGACCACAAGAGAGUGUGGAUGUUGGAACAAACGCUUUUGCAUUGGCUUUUCGUAAAAAUAAGGAUAUUGCUAAAUUUUUGGAUGAGAGGGAGAAAGCUCAAAGCGAAGUGAAAUCAUCAACAACAGAAACUGAGGAAGAUGUUGGAACUAGUUCAUCGGUCGGUUCCUCAACAACUGUUGCGGAUGAUGAAAGCAGUCAAGGAAGUAGUAUAAAUGGUGAUGUGGAGAAGGAAACGGAGGAAGCUUCUGAAGGGGAUAUAUCUGCUGUAAACUCAAUAGUCGAGGAAGCUAUUCAGCCAGAUAUCACAACAAGCGAUGUAGAAACCGACUCACCAGUUGAAGUGACUGAUGAAAAUGUAAUAGAAAGUGGAGUUGAUCAAAUUGUUGCGGAAGAUGAAACACAGACAGAUAAUGAAGCAGUUGAGCCUGUCCCUGUUGUUACAGAAUCAGACAUAACAUCAAGUGCACCAGCUCUUCAAGAAACCGCAGAGAACAACGACAAUGUUGGAGCUGUUCCAGAGAACAACGACAAUGUUGGAGCUGUUCCAGAGAACAAUGAGAGUGAUUUGUCUCCCGAGGGAAGCUUGAACAAAGAUGGAACCGAAGAAAACAAUCAAAUUCCCUCUCCUGAAAGUCCUGUCACUGAAGAAGUGCAAGAAGAACAAACACCUGUGAUAGCACAAGUUGAAGAGGUUGCAGUUGAAUCCGAGACAAACAGCACGUUAUCUAGUUCUAAUGAACAAACCGAAAUUACUGCUUCAGAUGAAGGCGAAGGCUUGAGUAAAGCAACCAUAUCACCAACACUUGUGAAGCAACUUCGGGACGAAACAGGAGCUGGGAUGAUGGACUGCAAAAACGCUUUAUCAGAGAGUGAAGGUGACAUUAUUACAGCACAAGAGCUCCUUAGGAAAAAAGGCUUAGCAAGCGCAGACAAGAAAGCAGCCAGAGCAACUGCUGAAGGAAGGAUAGGUUCUUAUGUCCAUGACAGCAGGAUCGGUGUUUUGCUAGAAGUAAACUGCGAGACAGAUUUCGUCUCCCGAGGUGAAAUUUUUAAAGAGCUCGUUGAGGAUAUAGCCAUGCAAGUGGCCGCGUGUCCUCAAGUAGAGUAUAUUGCUACUGAAGAUGUUCCUGAGGAAUUUGUGAACAAAGAAAAAGAGAUAGAAAUGCAGAAAGAAGAUCUUGCUUCGAAACCGGAGCAAAUCAGAUCAAGGAUUGUUGAAGGACGGAUAAGGAAAAGACUCGAGGAUUUGGCCUUGCUUGAGCAGCCCUACAUCAAGAAUGAUAAAGUGCCCAUAAAGGAUUGGGUCAAGCAGACAAUUGCAACUAUUGGAGAAAAUAUUAAAGUUACGAGGUUUGUGCGGUUCAACCUCGGCGAAGGUUUGGAAAAGAAAAGCCAGGAUUUUGCUGCUGAAGUGGCCGCACAAACUGCAGCAAAACCAGUGACUACACCGGUGAAAGAGGAGCCUGCUGCUGCCGAAGUAAAGGAGACUGAACAAAAGAAACCAACAGUAGCGAUCUCGGCCUCAUUGGUUAAGCAGUUAAGGGAAGAAACCGGUGCGGGGAUGAUGGACUGUAAGAAAGCUCUUGCUGAAACCGAAGGUGAUCUUGAAAAGGCACAAGCAUACCUCAGGAAAAAGGGUCUCUCAUCCGCUGACAAGAAAUCCGGAAGACUUGCAGCUGAAGGAAGAAUUGGCACAUACAUUCACGAUUCACGCAUAGGAGUUCUAAUCGAAGUGAACUGUGAAACCGACUUUGUUGGCAGAAGUGAGAAAUUUAAGGAACUGGUCGAUGAUCUUGCAAUGCAAGUUGUGGCUUCUACACAGGUUCAGUUUGUAUCGAUUGAAGAUAUUCCAGAAGCCAUUGUGAAGAAGGAAAAAGAACUCGAGAUGCAACGAGAAGACCUUGCUUCAAAACCCGAGAACAUAAGAGAGAAAAUUGUUGAGGGAAGAAUCUCAAAGAGGUUAGGGGAGCUUGCUCUUCUAGAGCAGCCUUUCAUUAAGGAUGACAGUGUGUUGGUGAAAGAUUUGGUGAAGCAAAGUAUAGCUGCCAUUGGAGAGAACAUUAAAGUGCGACGUUUUGUUCGGUUCACUCUCGGAGAGACAGUUGAAAAAGAAACAACAGUUGCAGCAUAGCUUAAGAGAUCAAUUUUGAAAACAGAAAUCUGUUUUUCAUAAUAACAGAAUGUUCAUUAGGCGCGGACACAUUUAACUGAUCUGUAUCUGUAUUUGUCGAUACACGAGGACUGAGUUUUGUGUAAUUUUGUGGUUUGUGUUGAAAUUAUUAGUUGAUGCAUUUUUAAAUUACGAAAUUUCAUUAAAGUUUGAA